GCUUGGCACCCCAAACUGUUCGGACGAUGCGUGGCUACAAGCUUACACAAUGUGGGAAGGAGAUCGAAGUGAAUUUGUGAAGACGAUCAUGAACAAUAUGAGUGAUUAUUACUAUGGCCUCAGUCGUGCGCAAAUGCAAGCUGUGCAUAUCUCAAACCAGGGUCUCAGGAGUAGUCAUCGUGAACAGGGUGACGACGGAAGUUCUAGUGAUGAGGAAAAUGAUGCACUAUUUGGUGAAGGAGACCCGUUUCUCGGAGACGAUACAACACCAGAUGACACCUAUGUCGAGCUUUGGAGCGGUGACGAUACAAAAGCUAGUAUUCUUGAAAGUGAGCUGA